CCAGAUCUAAUACUUCAUUGAGAAAGGAUGUGGACUCUCAAAUACUACAACUGUGAGUGCUGUGGGAGUGAUUUUGUCAGCUGCAAGGCUCUGAAGUAUCACUUUCAACAGAAGCAUUUUGGAAAAGUUCACUAUGAAAAAUUUGGCCAAGAAGUCCUGAGGGAGAAGCUCCAAGAACACAGUAAGUCUCUACAUGACAGGUCAGCCAUGGAGACACACAAGCUCAACUGGGAAAAUCUAGAAGAAAGGAAUAUAAAGCAUAUGGCUGCAGAAAUAUCAAAAACCUGCAGGAUGUGUUCUAGGCACUUUGGAACCGUCCUUAGUCGGGAGAAGCAUGAAAUACAAGAACAUCACUUCACAGCCAGAAAAAGAGCCCAAAUGUCUACAGGAUUUUCACCUCAUAAUAUGUUGGAGUGUAAAAGUCCCCAAGAGCUACAGAGAUUUGCAGAUAAAAAUAUCCGCCCUGCCUCUGGUCAUCUGAGCACUGCAUGUGUGGCUGAAAUUGGGGCCCUGUUCAAGUUGAUCCAGGAUUGCUUUCCGGUGCCGGCCUCCCGAGUGAUCCAGGGUGGUUCUUAUAUAAAGGGGACUGACACCCAAGGAUGCUCAGAGAUUGACAUCGUGUUGUUCAGUGAUGUGUUUGCCAAUGUGAACCAUUGCAAAAAACAACUGAGAGAAGCGCUGGAUGCUCUGAGGGAAAACUUAAAGCAAACAUCACGUGGAAACAGGAUCCUAAUGGGAAAGAGAGCACCAUUGUCUUUAAGAUUCAAUUUUUUAUGUACUGAAGGUCUUCACAAUCAUUCUUUUGAGAUCAUGGCCUGCUAUGAUGUCCUGGGGCAUGCACCCUCCACAGAUUUAAAACACCUUUACCGCAAACUGUACCUCUGUAACGACAGUGACUCAGCACAGCUGUGUGCCUUGGCCCUCUUGCCGUACCAAGUGGAUUUUGUCAAGGCAUCUGUGGUGAGGGUGAAGGAGCUCAUUCGUUUAAUGAUACAUUGGUUCAAGACGUCAUUUGCCAAGUCCACCGAGGAAAAUAAAUUCCGCAGACUUCCCUCCUCUUACACAGUGGAGCUCCUCACAAUUCACAUCUGGGAACUGGCAGGAAAGCCGCUGUUGUUCAGCCUGGUGCAGGGAAUGAGGGCAGUCCUCAAACUUCUGGUUCGAUACACAGAAAUUGAUGUCGUUUGGCACAGACACUACCAUCCCAAGUUCCCCAUUUUUGUAAAGGUUAACCAGAAACACACCAGGCCGUUCAUUUUAGACCCCGUAAAUCCUACUGUCAACGUGUGUGACACCUGCAAUGCCUGGGACGAGGUUGCCCUGGUGGCAAGGCAUAGCCUGUUGAAGCCUCUUUUCAGCAGAGUAAGAGCUGAGCCCCCUUGGCUUUUCACAAACAACUGGUAAACUGGACAAGGAGCUA